UAGUAAUAAACUAACGCCACUGUGACCGCGACGUUUAUGUGGAUUUUGCCUUUGUUUGUGUCAACCUAACCGAAUCUUGAAUAAGUUUUUGGUGGAGAUAGGGCCAGUGAAUAUAAAACAGUUGAACAAAUUGGACGACAAUGGAUAAACUAGUGUUGUUGAAGGAUAAAUAUGAUGCUCCCAGUGUUGAAAUGCUGGAAGAUCUCCUCGAGGAACGUCUGUCAGCCUUCAAACGGAUGGAUAAUGAACAAGAUCAUCGUUUAAUUGAAAAUGCUGGAAAAAUUGAUGAACUAAAGAAGAAGAAAUUACAGCUGGAGAAGGCAAUUGCUGAGGAGGAAUACAAAUGCAGUGCCUUGUUGGCUGACUUAGAAAGACAUAAUGAUAUCAUGAAGGAACUAGAUCACGAAAGAACCAAAUUAAUUGCUGAGAAUCGUCAGAAGGAAUCAGAGAAGAAUAAGAUCAUGUCAAAGUGCAAAGUACCAAGUGUGACAGAUGAAAAUACUUUGGAGAAUGGAAGGAAGAAAUUUGAGUAUUACAAGCAACUCACUGGCAUCAGAUGGGACCAUCCCAUGCUGAAGACCUGCGUCAAAGGAUAUGUAACAAACAAAAUCGACUACAUUCAUCCGUUUUCAUUUAAUUUGGAGGACCCAAAUUUGGAAACGAAACUGUGGGAAGAAAUAUCAAAAAGCACAACUGCCAAAAAAUUCGAUUGAACUCACCCAAACAGCAUGUACUAUAUUUUUUUAAUUUUCUAAUAAAUGUUAUUCCUCAUUUCAA